UUUAAACUGUAGCAUUUCCUGUUGCUACACUGUUAUCAUUCCCGAAAAUGGCGAAUUUAGCAGCUGCCGUUGUUGCUGCCGCUGGCAGAGAUCCCGCGGUUGAUCGUUCAUUGCGCUCUGUUUUUGUGGGAAACAUUCCAUAUGAGGCCACAGAAGAGCAGCUAAAAGACAUUUUUUCAGAAGUCGGGCUCGUUGUAAGUUUCAGGUUGGUGUACGAUCGGGAGACCGGCAAACCAAAGGGAUAUGGCUUCUGUGAGUACCAGGACCAGGAGACGGCGCUCAGUGCCAUGAGAAACCUCAAUGGACGAGAGUUCAGUGGCCGAGCUCUCCGCGUGGACAACGCUGCUAGUGAGAAGAACAAAGAAGAGCUUAAGAGUCUGGGGACGGGAGCCCCCAUUAUUGAGUCUCCCUACGGAGACAACAUCAUGCCAGAUGAGGCCCCGGAGUCCAUCAGCAGAGCUGUGGCCAGUCUCCCCCCCGAACAAAUGUUUGAGCUCAUGAAACAGAUGAAGCUGUGUGUGCAAAACAGUCCCCAGGAGGCCAGAAACAUGCUGCUGCAGAACCCCCAGCUGGCCUUUGCCCUGCUCCAGGCCCAGGUGGUCAUGAGAAUCGUGGAUCCGGAGAUCGCCCUGAAAAUGCUUCACAGACAGACCCCUGUGCAGCCAUUGGUUCCCAACAGUCAAGCUGGACCAAUCCCGGUGGCCAACCAGCCUAUUGCCCCGCCCAACGCUCCAGUGUCCCAGCCCCAGCCCAUGCCGGGGAUGCACAUGAACGGAGCCCCUCAGAUGAUGCAGCCUCCUCCCAUGGGUGGAGGCCCGGGGCCCAUGCCAGGGCAGGGACCUGUGGGACCCCCAGGUGGGAUCCAGCCGCCAAUAGGAAUGCCUCAGGGAGGUCCCGUUCCGAUCGAUAGGGGACAAGGAACUCUCCAGCACUCUCCUGUAGGAUCGUCUGGGCAGGCUGCUAUCGAGCGGCCUCAAGGGCCAGGUGGUAUUCCCCCCCGAGGCCUGCUUGGCGACGGCCCUAACGACCCCAGAGGAGGAACUCUGCUCUCGGUCACAGGGGAGGUCAUUGAACCCAGCCGAGGAGGAGGGUUCAUUGGAGGGCCCCCUUCACACCAGGUGCCCCCCAUGCACAUGAACCAGAUGGCUGGCGGGCCUCCUCCAGACAUGCGGCCGCCCCAUGACAUGAGAGGUCCACCCAUGGGUGAGCCCAGAGGCAUGAUGGGAGAGCCCCGGGGCCCCCCCAUGAUGGAGCAGCGGGGCCCCCCCAUGAUGGAGCAGCGGGGCCCCCCCAUGAUGGAACCCCGAGGCCCCCCUAUGAUGGAACCCAGAGGCCCCCCCAUGGAGUCCAGAGGUCGCGACCCCCGAGCGAUGGAUGCCCGUGGACCAGGGUCCAGCCAGAGGGUUCCCAUGGCCCAGGGAAUGCAGGGCCCCCCCCCACAUUCUAUGAAUCCUAAUGCCCCCCCACCUGCCAGACCGGGUUCUGGCGUACCUCAGUCGGGUGGUGGCUUCAGCCCAGGGCAAAGCCAGGUGACGUCACAGGACCAUGAGAAGGCUGCCUUGAUCAUGCAGGUUCUCCAGCUGACCCCAGAACAGAUUGCCAUGCUUCCUCCAGAGCAAAGGCAGAGCAUCCUCAUCCUCAAAGAACAGAUCCAGAAGACUGCUGGGGCACCCUGAAAAGAACCCCAGUCCCAGACACGCUGUACCCCCAUAAUAAGGUUAAGACUGACAGACUCCGCCCCCCCGGCAAUGUUCGUGUUGGAUGUUCCAGAAGAUGUCAUCUUUAUUUUAUUUUAAAUUUUGUAUUGUGGUUAUUUUUUUUUCUUAUUUUAUUGCAAGUUUAAUGCAUUUGUGAUUUAAAAAAUGUCCGUUUAUAUUUAAACGGGAACACUAUGGUAAAAGUCUUACGGAGAAGUGUUGCUGGGUGUUCCGUGAUUGGUUUUCAUUCUGUUUCCCGAAAGCCAACAUUUUUGUGGUUAGAACUUGUUGUUACUGGUCUGGGUUUUAGUUCAUCAAUAAAAGACACUUCCCCUAA